AUGCCCUACCUAUCCACAAGCCAGGCCUUCCUGGAACAAUCCGCAUUACUCCUCGAGGCAUACCCAGAUACUACCCGCAUCACAACAAAAUACAACUUCCCCUCACAACGACCCUCGCAAAAACCCUCCGAGCCCUCACAACCCGACCAACCCGCCGCCGCCGCCGCGCCCGUCGCCUCGCUCACCCUGAAAACCUUCAACACCGCCGCCGGCAUCUGCCUCAAGUACCGCACGAACAAAGCCGCCGAGGUCGGGCGCCUGGUCACGAGUCUGGGGAAGUUGGCCGCGGGCGCGGGCGUCGCGGGGCUGGGGCUGGGUCCUGCUGCUGGGACAGCGGCGGACGUGGAGAUGGUGGAUGCGCCUGGGGCGGUGGAGGAGGGGUCUGCCCCUGCUUCUGCGGCGGCGGCGGCGGCGGCGGCUGCGUCUGGGAAGGCGGAUUCGGGGGGCAAGGGCGGGAAGGGGAAGAAGAAAGGUGGGAAGGGGAAGAGGUGA